GUUAUGACUUAAUGAGUUAUCAAACGUGACUGUCCGCUACCAUCAGUUCCAUCAGACCAUUACCAUCAUAACUUAACUCUGAAGUGUUAUAACUUAAAAAUAACAAUGAAUAUUUGAUAUUUGUGUUUUUUUAAUUUUCAAGUUGUACUGUUUUUUAUAUAUUUUUUUUUGUUCAAAACAACGAUCUUAAUUCGACUACUGAACAUGCUGUCUUAGUCACCAACAUAAAGUCAAAAAAAUGUGUACUUGGAUUCAAAAUUGAUAAGUUACACAAAGCACAAAUGACUGGUGGAGAAUAUGGGUUCUCAGUUUUGGGACAUAUUGCGUCAAGGCAUUUGGGCAUCGUUCACAGGAGGAUGGUACUACGAACCAAAACACAGCAUUUUCACCAAUACAUUCCAUCUUUAUUUAUGGCUCAUUUUACUUUGUUUGCCAUUUUUUAUACACUUGUAUAUAUCAGAGAUGUUUAUAUGGAUACUGUAUUCAAGUGUUGUAAGUUUGAUAAUUACAGUCAUAAAACUUGUAAAUUGGUCUUUGCAUCACAUGUUCGACACAACCGAAUAUAUUGUAGAAGACACCAAAAAGAAUAGAAGUUCAGAUAUUGAAGGUCGUCGUCCUGCUCUUAGAGAACCAAACCCAGAAGAUGAGGGUAUUGAAAUGCAAAUCCUUAAUUUGGGGGUCCGUAGAAAUGAACCUUCAACAUCUGGAUACCACCGAAAUGAACCAAAUGGAGGAAGGCAAAGUAGUUCUACUAGCACUGAUUCUGGAUUACAUAUUCAAGAAAAAAUUAUACGUGAUUGGCCUAUUAAAAGUUUAAACAAUCCACAUUUUGUUGAUAAACCAGUAGAAGAAAAUAGUAAUAGACGUUAUGAUCGUGCAGGUUUACAAAGUUUUUCAGAAAUAUGGAAAUAUCAAGAUGAACAGGUUCAAGACUUCAUUACAGUAUCUACUGAUUGCUUCACAAAUGAAAGUAAUACAUUAGCAUUAAAAAGAGAUCCAAAGUGUGCUAGUUCAGAUUAUUCUACAUCUAGUGAUGCGUUUACCAAAGAUAAAGAUGUAGGAAGAACAUCUAGUUACCAACUUGUUUUUACAUCGAGUGAUAUUGACUACCCAAUUGUUGAACACUGUGAAGAUCAGUGUUCUAGUCAUGGAAUAAUACACACAACAAUUGAUAGCGAUGAUGAUGAAGAAGCUGGAAGUAGAUCACCUUUGUUAAAUAGCCACGAAGAAAAUUGGAAAAAAAUAUGUGCUGAAGUUAAAGGAAUUUUCCAUACUGAAAGUGAUGUUGAAAUUGCAUUUAUAGAAAAAAAUAAACCUAAAGAAGUUGAGUUAAAACCUCCAGCGGAAUCACCAGAGACAUUAGGUAUUGAUUGGUUAUUUGAGCAUACAGAAAGUGAAUCAGAGUCUAGUGAUAUGAAAGUAAGGAAAAUAGAAAAAAAUAGAUCAAUACCAUGGCAUUUUACAUUGUCUGAUGAUGACUAUACCACUACUUCAGAAGAUAAUAAUUCUAAAAAUAAAUCUGAAUCAAAAGAUGGAAGUAAAGAAGAAAUUCAAACUCCAAUUUCAAUUGGAUUUGAAAACACAGGCGCUAUACCAAAAACAAAAUCUGUUAAAGAUAUAAAAAAAUCAAAUAAAAAAAGAAAAGCUACAUCAACUCCUCAUUUAAGUGUUAAAAAUGAUUCAGAUAGAAAAAGACAUCGUAGAACUAAUAAAAAUAAAUCCAAUGAAUCUAGAAGAUGUAUUUGUGACAAGAUUAAAAGUGAUAUGGAUUGUGGAACUGAAUCUAAAAGUUAUCCUACGGUUACUGAUGAAUGGAUUGACAAUAACACUCUUAGUAGACCUGAUGCAAUGACUACAUUAAAUGUGAAUGAAGGUGCUUCUUCUUCUGCUGGUUCUCACAAUGAACUAAGUUCCCUUCUUCCCACAAGUUCUGAACCAGCUAUCACUCCAUCAAGCGAAUCACAGCAACAUAAUCAAACUUCGACAACUGUGAAAAAUGAAGUUGUUUUAGAUCAUAUUAAUGAUGUUUUUCAUGGUCGAGUUGAAAACAGAAGUAGAACGAGAAAUCGACAAAUUAGCAAUAGGCAUUUUUCUCGAAUAAGAUCUCGUGGUGAUGUAUUUAUUCCUCCAAUCCUACAAGCAGCUGAUGGUGUCAAUUUUCCUGCUUGUCCUGAAGAUACAUCAGAAGGAUCUGUACAUUUUUUUCGUGAUGAAAACGGUCGCUGGAUGACGUAUACUUUUAGAGAUAUGUUAAAUAAUAAUUCUUCAAUAAUUAAACCAUGCUCAAAUUUAUCAUCACGAAGGGAUGAUUCUACAGAUGAUCUUGUAUUUAAUCACUCACCUGUACGGUUGUUUCCUCGUCCCAUUCGUAAUUAUGAACAACAAUUAGAACAUGAAGAUCCUUACUGGCCACAAAGUCAACCACUGCGUUACCGUCAUUUCAACAUUUCACCAAUAAUUACACCAGUUGAAGAAAGCCUAGAACACGAACAUGAUAAUAAUAGACCAGAUUAUCAAGAUGAGUUUCCAGUAAUACCCAGGCAGCUGCGAUUUGAUCUUCUUGAUCCUAGUGUUGGAUUUCCUAAACCUAAACGAUAUUAUCCAUACAAACCAAUCAAGAAAAUUUGUUUCAAAAUUCGCUUUGAUCGUCUGGCAUUAUUAACUGCCAUUGAUCGUAACCCAACAUUAUUGGAAUUAUUUAUUACCAUUAUUCUUGCUACAUCAGUUGCUGUAUUGGGCGCUUUUGUAUUGUACUUUAAAUUCUACAGAGAUAUUCAUGCAUUUGUUUUUUGUUUUGUUAUGGCUGGUUGUCAGUAUUCUUUAGUGAAAUCUGUACAACCCGAUGUGGCAUCUCCCACCCAUGGUUUUAACAAAAUUGUAGUUUAUAGUCGUCCAGUUUACUUCAUACUGUUCUCAUCCAUACUUCUACUAACACAUAUUCAAUUAAACUCUGGUCGAACAUUUUACCAACUCAAGUUUUAUGGAUUCACUUUACAUAUUUUAUAUAUAUUAGAAACUAUUCGAGAUUUCUUAUCAAAUUUUUUAUUAUUCUUACCAAUCGCUUUUAGUUUGGGAUUAUUGCCUCAGGUCAAUACUUUUUUUAUGUAUACUCUGGAACAAAUUGAUAUACAUUUAUUUGGAGGUAAUGCAACCAGUUCACUUAAAGCAUCUGCAUAUUGUGUACUAAGAAGUUGUUUGGCUGUAUCUAUUUUAUUUGGAUUUGCAUAUGUAGCAUUAAAUGAUUGGUCUGGAUCAUCAAGAAAUGUAUUUUUCUCCUUAUUUUGUGCACUACUUACUGCCAUAUCUUACCAUUUAAGUCGCAGCUCUAGUGAUCCAGCUCCUAUAUUAAAUGUUCUAAAAACAUAUUUGUGGCCCAAUGAAGAUAUAUUCUCUAGACCUGAUAUGGAAUGUCCUAGACCUAAAAAAGAAACUGAAAAAUCAAAGAAAAAGGGCUCUGAACAAAAAGAAGGUGAAAGUGAAGAACAAACAAAGUCUGAAUUAGAUGACGAAAAUGAAAUUCAAGACGACUGGCCAAAACAGUUACAAGAUACAAUAAAUGGAAGACUGAAGACUGAUUUAAUUUUUUGUCCAAUUAUUGGUCUUAUUGUUUUCGCUAUUCAUUCUAGCAAUAUUUUUUCAGCUUUACAACCAGAAUUAAAUCCAGUUAUGUGGUGUACUACUUUCAGUGUUGGAUUUAUUCUACACUAUGUAAUACCUCAAUUGCGAAAGCAGUUGCCUUGGUUAUGCAUUGCUCAUCCCAUACUAAAGCCAUCUGAGUAUAAUCAAUAUGAGGUUAAACAAUUAGCUAAAAUUAUGUGGUUUGAAAAAGUUUAUGUAUACUUAUGCUUCUUUGAAAGAAAUGUUCUCUAUCCACUGAUGUUUAUUGGUUGUUUGACAUCUGACAGUAUAAUUGUUGUAACAAAAUUGGGAGUUCUAUUGGGUUCUUUAGUAUUAUCAGUAUGUGCACUUAAAUGUUUACGCUGCUCAUUUUCACAACAAUCCAACCAGUAUAAUAUACUAGCAUUUGCAGUACUGUUUUUUCAAUUGGACUAUAUAAAAUGUUCUGAAACUUUUAUUAUUGAUUACUACCUUACUGCUAUUGCUUAUGAUAAAAUUUAUGAGUUUUUACUUAAGUUGCAAUUUGUCAUAACAUACAUAGCACCAUGGCAAAUUACUUGGGGUUCAGCUUUUCAUGCUUUUGCUCAACCAUUUUCUGUUCCUCAUUCUGCAAUGAUGUUUCUUCAAGCAUUUUUGUCUGCGGUGGUUUCUUCACCACUUUAUCCAUUUUUAGGAAGUGCUAUAUUUUUAACAUCCUAUCCACGACCUGUUAAAUUUUGGGAGCGAGAUUAUAAUACUAGGCGAGUUGAUCAUACAAACACCAAAUUAUCAUCACAUUUGGAACGAAAUCUUGGUGCAGAUGAUAAUAAUCUUAAUUCAAUAUUUUAUGAACACCUUACUAGACUACUACAACAUACACUCUGUGGUGAUCUCAUAUUAGGCCGUUGGGGUAAUGUGUCACAAGGAGACUGCUUUGUCUUAGCAUCUGAUUAUUUGAAUUGUCUGGUUCACAUUGUUGAAAUGGGAAACAAUUUGGUUACUUUUCAAAUGCGUGGACUUGAGUUUCGUGGUACUUACUGUCAGCAAAGAGAAGUAGAAGCCAUAUCUGAAGGUGUUGAAGAUAAUGAAGGAUGUUGUUGCUGUGAGCCUGGACAUUUUCCUCACAUUUUAUCUCUAAAUGCUGCUCUUGGUCAACGUUGGCUUGCCUGGCAAGUAGUAGCAGCCAAGUAUGUUGUACAAGGAUAUAGUAUAUCAGAUAUUAAUGCCUCAUCAAUGUUACAAGUAUUUGACUUUCGGAAAGUAUUGGUUAGCUAUUACAUAAAGAGUAUUAUAUAUUAUGUUAUACGAUCACCAAAACUUCAACAAUGGUUAGCAUCAGAUGAGAUAAAAGAAGGACUAAAACCAACAUUAAGCAAGAAUUUUGUGGAUCUCGAUCCAGUUUUCAAUAUAAAUAUUGAUGAAGAUUUUGACUUGCUUUCGUGUGGUGUUACCCGCAACAGUUUCUGUUCAUUCUAUUUGGAGUGGAUAAGAUUUUGUGCAUUCCAAACAGAAAAUAUUCAAAAAAUUGUUAUAGAUAAAGGUAAAGAUUCUUUAUUAGUAUCAUUAUGUUUUGCACUCAGCUUACUAGGAAGACGAUCAUUGGGUUUAGCAUCGCACACUACCAUGUCAAGUGUUGAGUUUUUUCUCUAUGGUCUCCAUGCCCUUUUUAAGGGAGAUUUUCGUAUAACAUCAACGAGAGAUGAAUGGAUAUUUGCAGAUAUGGACUUGAUGCGUAAAGUCUUAGCUCCAGCAAUUAGAAUGUCAUUGAAACUUCAUCAGAAUCAUUUUAUGGUUCCUGAUGAAUAUGAAGAUCCAGCUGCUUUGUACAAUACUUUAAACUACCUGCAACGAAAUUUAGUGAUAUCGCAUGAAGGUGAUCCUGUUUGGAGAAAUGCUGUUUUGUCUGGAAUGCCAUCAUUACUUGCUUUAAGACAUAUAAUGGAUGAAGGUUCUGAUGAGUAUAAAGUAAUUAUGUUAAACAAGCGGUUUUUAAGUUUCCGUGUCAUAAAAAUAAACCGCGAAUGUGUUCGUGGUCUUUGGGCAGGGCAACAACAGGAAUUAGUUUACUUGAGAAAUCGUAAUCCUGAACGUGGUAGUAUUCAAAAUGCCAAACAAGCUUUACGAAACAUAAUAAAUUCAUCGUGUGACCAACCUAUUGGUUAUCCAAUUUUUGUUUCACCAUUAACUACUUCCUAUGCUGAGACCAAUGAACAAUUAUCAUCACUUGUUGGUGGAUCAAUAAGCUUAGGAAAGAUAAAAAAAUCUAUUAUUAGAAUGUGGUCAAGAUUAAAAAGUAGAUGUGUUGAGGGAUGUUCAAGUGGAAGUUCAUUACAGUCACACGAUGAAGGUGGAUUUGGACAUGAGGGUGUGUAUGCUAUGACACAGUUUAAUAGGCAUUCUGGAUAUGGAACCAGAACACCAGGAAGUCAGUCAAUUGAAAUGAGUGGAAGUGGAAGUGGAGUUGGUGGUAGCAUCAGUAGCAGAAGUGGUGGUACUAGAGGUAGUACAGCUAAUGUUGCUGGCAAACCAAGUUCUGCUGGUUUAGCCAACUUGGCAGGAUUGUUAUCAUCAUCACAAUCACCAAUCACUAGUUCACCACAAGCAUCAGUUGAUAGCAACCCUAAUGAUAAUUCUCCAAUCCAACAUAGAGUUUUGAUUUUGGAUCCAUUACAAGUGUAUGAUGCUAUAAACUUGGGUCGUAGAAUAGAUGUAGUUUGGCCAGAUGAAAAAAUGCGAAUAAGAGGUGGCCGUAGUCACUGGAAAGAUUGGUUACCAGAAAAAGGAAUGGAAGGAUUGGUGGUGCAUCAAUGGGUUCCAAAUCAUCGUGACUUGUCAAAAAGAUCUCACGUUGAUAAAACUAUAUUAUUGAUCAAGAUUGACGAACGUUACGUGCCUAUAGCUGAAGCCGGGGUUUUAGAUUUGGGAGCUGAAGUUUGAACAUAUUUGGUGUAUGGCUUACAUUAUUUGACUGAUUUAUUUCGGAAGUAAUUUUAAAACACAAAUGUUACAAGUAUACAUGCUUGAUAAUAUAGCAUUAGUCUUCCUCGAUACUACAAAAAAAAGUAUUCUGUCUUGUUAACGUACAAGUGUAUAUUAUGUCCUGCAAUAGUUUUCUUGGCAAAAACACACUCGUACAAUUUUUAUGCAAUAGUUAAGAAUCUGUUUCAUGUAAUUUUUUUACUUUUAUUGUUUUCUUUAUAUAUGCAUAUUUAUAUAUAUGUUUGUUUUGUAAAUAAUAGAUGAAAAUGAUGUAAAUUUUAAAUGUUAGAUAUAAAUGUUCCUUGUUUAAAUGAUCAUUUUGUGAUGCAAAUAUUUGUUGUUAACAUACA